AUGAAAGAGAUGCUUCGAGGUCGAAAUGAAGCAUUUCAGCGAAAUUUUUGGAUGUCAAGGGAUGUGUUCUUAUUGUUGUGCAAGACAUUAGUUGAGGAUUUCGGUCUCCCACUACCACAGCGUCCACAUGGUGUGGACAUAGUUGAGAGUGUCAGCAUGUUCAUAUUCGCGUUGCAGGGCUUCUCGAGUUGGGAUAUUGAAGACCGCUUCCAACACUCGGAGGAAACAGUAUGCUGUCAUGUAAUGCGCGUUCUUAAAGCAAUGAAGUGCACAUUGUCGACCGACGAGGUCACAACACAGCAAACAUCCGUACUUAGAGUCUCGACGAAAAUAUUUGCCAUUUCGAGUAGUAUGCACGACGAUAGAGUUUUUAAUGAAGUAACACAGGACCCGACCAAACAAUUCUCCACCCUAGAAGACGGAAAAUACUACCUUGUUGAUGCGGGGUACAAGAACCAAAAAGGCCUUUUGGCGCCAUUUAAGGGAUGCCGAUACCACCAGGAAGAGUUUCCCACUACUGGAUGGGCAAGAGAUGCAAACGAAGUUUUCAACACAGUGCAUUCCUCCUUAUGGAGUGCAAUUGAACGUACAUUCGGAGUAUGGAAAGCACGCUGGGGAUUCCUACAUAACAUGCCUCGAUAUGAUUUUGGGAAAGUUAAUGUGCCAUUGGUCGGGGCUUCACUGGCACUACAUAAUUUUAUACAUCGUAACUCCAACAACGAUGAAGCCUUCAACAAAGUUGCCAAUGCAGAGACCUUUACUUUCAACAUGCCAAAUGUUGCGGGUGUUGGUGAUGACGAUGAUGGUGAACUAGAGGGCGAUGAUGACAUACAUAUUAACGAAGUUAGGAAAUCAAUUCAGAAUGAGUUGGUGUGA